UAAAUCGCUGCUGCCAGCCAAACAGCCAGCCCGCAAGCCCUCCUGGCAGCUAAAGUCAUCUGCCUUCCUCCCACCCCUCCUCUUUUGUCUUUUAAUGGAUCCAUAUAUUCUCAAAUCGAGCUGUGGACGCUGAUCUAUGCCUGUCAAUGCGAUUUCUCUUGUUAAUUUGCUGCUUGGAUAAACUGGAAUGUACCAAAACCACAACAAAGACACCAACAACAACUGCAACAAAAGCCUUCUCUCUGAUCACAAGGGAAAGCUUUUCCAGGCUAUUAAAAGAAUCAAGCACGAGCUAGAUGAGUGCAGAGACGCAGAGAGAGAGACGCACAUAGAGUCAGUGCACGUAGAGAACAAUUUUGAUGGCCUGGAACGAGAAAUCAGAGCCGAGUUUCAGAACAUCCAUCGUUUCCUGGAUGAGGAGGAGCAUAAGGACGUGGAACGACUGUGGAGGGAGAGACAGAAACAAGUGAAGCAGCUGAAGGAAAGAGAGAAGAAGAUAGCACAGCAAGGGAGAGACCUGGAGGGAGCAAUCACUGUGCUCAACAGCAAACUGGCUGAGGAGGACAGUCCUAAACUGCUCAGAGAAAUUCAAGAUCUCAUAAAAAGGUCUCAGGUCAGCUUUGUUCCUCCAGCGGAGGUGGACACGGAGGUGCGCUCCGGCCAGUUCGUGGGGCCCAUACAGUACAGGAUAUGGAAGCACAUGAAAAGCUGCCUCUACCCAAAUAUUACAUCAAUGACCUUUGACCCUGAGACAGCCCACCCUAGUUUGUCCCUGUCAAAGUCUUGCACCUCAGUGUGGUUUGAUGAGGACAAGGACACGACGGAUUGCCAGGCCAACCCACAACGGUUCCACUAUUAUUACUGCGUGUUAGGCCACCAGAGCUUCACCACAGGCCGACACUACUGGGAGGUGGAGGUGGGACGUAAGACAGCGUGGAAGUUGGGCGUGGCACGACAAGAUGUCCCGAGAGGGGAGAUGGAUCAUACCGGCGACUCCGGUGGCCUCUGGACGCUGGCCCUGAAGGACGGAUCUGUCCAAGCCUGCACCGACCCGGAGCCCACCAAGGUCACCGUAUCUGUCCGACUUGUCCGCAUCGGUGUGUUCUUAGACUGUGAAAAGGAGGAGGUGGCUUUCUAUAACGCUGUUACCAUGGCGCCAAUCUACACCUUCACUAUGGGAACAGUGGAGGUUCCUCUGUUCCCCUUCUAUAAUCCAUGUGAUGGAGAUGAUGGGAAGAACACAGCAGCAAUUAAGAUCUUUAACCCUUCACUAUGAUGAGCAGCUACAGGGAUUUACUACACAAAGUGUUAAUUUUAUAUUAGUAGCAUUAUUAUUUAGAGCUGAAGCUAUUAGAAUAUUAAUUGACAAUUAUUUUGAUCAUCAAUUAAUGGUUAGUAGGAAUAAUCUUUCAAGCAACUAAAAUUACUGCCUCACAGUUGUUUUCCUCCACCAACCAGUCAGGUUGCAGUUUACAUCCAUGUCUGUCCGAAAUGUCAUCUCUUCAUCGUUUUAUCCUGUUAGACAUUAGUGGGAAAUUGUCAUGAUUAUCAUGUGAAAUCUUGAGUUAUGGCCAAAAACGUGUUUUGUGAGGUCACAGUGACCUUUGACCUUGAGUCAAAGUGGAUGUUUGUGCCCAAUUUGAAGAAAUUCCCUCAAGGCGUUCGAGAUAUUGUGUUCAUGAGAAUGGGACAUACGUAAGGUCACCGUGACCUUGACCUUUGACCUUUGACUAUCAAAUUCUAAUCAGUUCAUCCUUGAGUUCGGGUGGACGGUUGUGCUAAAUCUGAGGAAAUUCCCUCAAGGCGAUCCUGAGAUAACACACAUUUGUCACUAUACUCUGACAUAUUCUAGACAAACUGAUGAAUUGAUUGACAGAUUUUUCGAUAAAGAAUUAUAUAAUGUACUCACAACUUGCUGGAGAGUGUUGCAAAUAGAGAAACUCCACAUCAAAUGAUUUUAAAUAAAACAUGGCAGUUACUGUAACCACAAAUAUUUUUUCUGUUUUGAAUGCACAUCAUCUUCUCGUACUGUGAUUAUUUUUAAUAAAUGUGGUGAUGAUGCUUGAAAUGAAUCUUGAACUGAUGUCUUUGUAAAAGAGUUAAGGAAAACAAAACACAAGGGAAGGUUGCUAUCUGCUGCCGGCCCUGGAGCUUCAGGGUCCAUAGCAGGUGUUAACAGCAUUUUGAUGUUACCUUUGGCCUGUUUAUAAAUAUCUCUGGUGCGCCUGCUUAGCUAUGAUGCGUCCAGGCGAGGUUAUGGAAGCUGGGAUUAGUGGCACGCCGGGGCCCGAGGGGUGAGAAAGAGGCGCGUGACACAAACGAUGGCUGACAUUGAGUGAGACGACUCACUGAGAUGGAACAGACAGCUCCGAGUCAUAACUGUCCUUCUGCAACUUUGUCGCUCUGAAGAAUAGGAAAACAAAGACAACAGGACGGCAAACAUCAUAAUCGCUUGUUUAUUCUUAGUAUUCCUUUAGACAUUAAAUAAAGAAAUUUUCUUUACAAAACAUCUGUGUGAAGUGUUGUGCAAAAAGGGAGUACAGAGAGAACAUGUGGGAUGUCACACCACACCCAGGCCAGAACAGCAGAAGUAAACAGAGAAGAUCAGGGCAGAGACAACUCACAUAGUGCAACAAGUGCCAGUGGUAUUAAAA